CCCGUUUUCUGCCACGUCGAGUGUAAUAUUUCAUACAUACAUGCAGCCUCAGCCUCAUCACGCAUUUAUUACUAGGAACUAGACGAGAUCGAAUUGUACUCCACAUCGAAUCAGUUCAAGUCCGAGACACGACAGCAAGCCAGGAGCACAGAGAUCCCUAACCCCGGCCUAUCGCAAAGCUGCAGCGGUCCCAGCUCACAGGGAUCAUUCCGCCCGCGCCUGCUGUUAGCUCCCGCUAAACCUUGGUACCUCAACCCCCUACAGCGAAAAUAGGUGACGGCUGAGACAGCUUUUUUCCCUCUUCAUAUCAUCGAUAACUUUUUUGCCUGCUCGUCAAACCAUCCGCGACACCAGCCCUCCGCUUCAAGAGAGCUGUAUUCUGCAGACGAAUCUUUUGCCCACCUACCGUUUACAAGGCCUGCAUCAGAUUUGUGGUGCAGAACAGCCGAGCUAUGUACUAGCGGAGGAGGAGGCUGACUUUUUUCUGCAUCUCCCAAGUCGCGGGAAGGCGACCCAAAAAAUUGGUAGCCGGUUCAAUUAGCAAGGUUGGCCUGAAUGGUGUCGGUUGGCUUUGCAAGACAACCCCAAAACCAUCCCACACGACGACUUUCAGCCUUCUUCUGUUCGCCGUUCAAUUUGCUGGACGGCAACCAAUACAGAGUAUGUCAUCAGGAACGGGAGACACCGGCCUUGCCGGCAUCGUCAUCGCUCCCGAGGAUGCGACUUCAAUGGACAAGCUUGCGCACUCAGUGCUCGACGACAUUCUUUACGAUCUUGUUCAUGAUUUGUUGAUUAGGGUCCACCGGGACGAGAAGUCGGCUCGCGCCAACACAGCCGCCAUCAAGGUCGAGAAGCUCGCACUCGGUGCCAUAGAUGGCUCAACACCAGACCAAAGACCCGACGUCGAGAUUGAGACAGACGCGGCAAUCUACAAAGAUGGAAGAGUGACACUCAAGGGCAACCCCCUCAAAACAACCAAGGAGGUCCUCUGCCCAAGAUGCAAUCUCCCAAAACUAUUACACCCAACAGACGGGAAAGGUGCGAAGAAGCCAGACCCCGGUGUCAUCUACUGCAAGAGACACCCAUACAUAGAGAAGCCGGGUUUCGAUAUCUACGGCCAGACCUGGGUCGCUCCAGGGCCAGGCCGAGGCAAAAAGAAGAAGGAUAUGGAAAAGAAAGACCUCAACGAUCCAAACUCGCCAGUCCCAGGCACAGAAGGCAGCGCCAAGGAUCGGCCACCCAACGUGCUCAGUUUCCCCAGCGCGACUUGUAGCAAGUGCAAGCGCUGUAUCCUGGUGACGCGUCUCAACAAUCAUAUGGGGUCGUGUAUCGGCAACAGUGGGCGAAAUGCGAGUAGGGCAGCAGCCCAAAAGAUCAGCAACAGCAAUGGCGGCAGCCAAAACAAUGACAACACGCCACCAGGCAGCCAGAAGGGCACACCACUUCCCGGCAGUCGUGCUGCUAGUCCCAAGAAGCGGGAUAUGGACGAUCCUGAUGACGAUGCCGAGGAAUCAGAUGCUUCCAAACCCAAGAAGAAGAUCAAACUGGCCACCACUUCUCUCAACAAGAAGGUCACUCUGAAGGCGGCAAAUACCACCAAGAAGGAAAAAGCCAAGGCCAGCUCCAUGCUCAACGUUGAGCAGAAAGUGGAUGAUGAAGAUGGAAAGAACUCAACAGUGCAGGUUGCCCCCAAGAAGACCAACCCAAAGGGCCCGUCGCCGGUGAAGAACAAGAUCAAAGUGGCAAAGCCUACUCAACCGUCGCCCGCUGGAAAGGCGAAGAUCAAAGUUAGAGAACGCGACCUAGAGAGUGAGUCUUCUGGCACGCUGUCCUCGCCCCCACGCUGACCGAUUAGCAUCGGUCUCGCCUUGACGGCAACAACGGACGAGCGACAACGGUUGCUUCUCGGUCAGAAGUACUUUUAUUCUGCUUCUACACAACUGCAUUGGUUAAGGGGUUAUGGUGGUUUUUGCAUUGCUCACAGGCGUUUUCUGCAUUUCAAUGGACACCCAGCAUCCGCAAGGAUAGUAUUGCGAAAGAAAAGGGACAGCGGUUGCGCCACGGCGCUUCUAUAAGAUGGCAAAUGGCAACAGUCGAGGACAGUGGAAGAAGAGAGGAUAGCAAGAUAUGGCUGGACAGCAGCCGGCUGGACGGGC